AGCGUUUUUUAUGAUCAAAUCAGUUAUAAAUCGUUUAAAAAUAUAUCAAAGUACCUCAUUAACAAUGCCCGGUGAUAACUGUUCUGUUGUUGGAUGCGGAACGUGCCGGAAUUCAAAAGGAAUAAGCAUCUGGAAGCUACCUGCACCAAGAAAUGAUGAAUACGAGAAAUGGAGACUCGACUGGCUGAAUGAACUCACAAAGUAUCGAGAAGUCGAUAAACACUUCCAAAAAUUGAUUGACAACGAUAGAGUUUACACAUGUGAGAAGCAUUUCGGUCCCGAACACAUAGAACAUUUUCAAUCCGAGAAGAUGACAAAGAAAAAGCCAAAAUUUGGGGCUCUUCCAACCUUAAAUAUGCCACGAAAAAGCGUAAACACCACGAAGACUGUACCUAGGCAACCCAGGUCAAUCGUCAAAGACCACGAGGAAGACUCAAAGAAAAGAAAUGUAUAUAACCACUUCAGUGAACUUUGUAAACGAGUGCAGUCUCUCAAAACUUUGGCCAAAUGGAAAUUAAACGUUCUGGAAGACAGAUUAGACUGAAAAAGAUCAAAGAAUCUUUGUUACUUCCAGAACUCGAAAUAGUAAUCGACGACAGCCUUGGG